AUGUGGCUCUUCGAGAGAUCCACAUCGCUAGGAUGUUUUCUCGUGUGGGCCAUACUGCUGCUCGCGCAGACAGCGCAGUCCAUCCUGCUGGACCUUGAUUCACCCGAAUCUAUCAAAAAAGCCGCUAAACAGGCAGCCUCUGGAAUGAUGGCAUACUACAACGGACACCAACCAGGAAACAUCCCUGGGAAUCUGCCGGAGCCCUACUACUGGUGGGAAGCCGGAGCAAUGUUCGGCGCCCUAGUCGAAUACUGGUACUACACCGGCGACAACACCUACAACAGCCUAACAACGCAAGCCCUCCUCCACCAAACUGGCCCCGAAAACAACUACAUGCCCCCAAACCAAUCGCGCACCCUAGGCAACGACGACCAAACCUUCUGGGCCUUCGCCGCCAUGUCCGCCGCAGAAACCAAAUACCCAAACCCACCUCCAGACAAACCGCAAUGGCUGGCCCUCGCGCAAGCCGUCUUCCACUCGCAGGUCGCCCGGUGGGAUAACGCCUCCUGCGGCGGCGGGCUCAAGUGGCAGGUUUUCCCGUUCAAUAACGGCUUCACGUAUAAGAAUACGGUGUCGAAUGGGUGUUUCUUUAAUCUCGCUGCAAGGCUGGCGGUGUAUACGGGGAAAGGGGGCUAUGCGGACUGGGCGGAGAGGGUGUGGGAUUGGACUGUUGCUGUUGGGCUUGUAGAUGGGGAGUUUCAUUUUCGGGAUGGCACGGAUGAGCGCAGUAACUGUACGGUGUUUAAUACGCUGCAGUGGACUUAUAAUGCGGGUUUGUAUUUGCUUGGGGCGGCGCAUAUGUAUCAAUUUACAAACAACUCCCCCCUCUGGCAAACGCGCAUCACGCAAAUAAUCCACAGCCUAGACACAACCUUCUUCGCCCAAUCCAACAUAAUGAGCGAAAUCACCUGCGAACCAACCCACACCUGCAACACCGACCAACGCUCCUUCAAAGCGUACCUCGCGCGCUUCAUGGCCCACACGAUGCAGAUCGCGCCGUUCACGCGGCCCCUGCUGCUUCCCAAACUGCGCGCUUCGGCGGCUGCUGCGGCGAGGCAGUGUAGUGGGCCUGGCGGGGUGUGUGGGUUGCGCUGGACGAGUGGGGUGGUGUUUGAUGGGAGUGUUGGGGUGGGGGAGCAGAUGGCUGCGUUGGAGGUGUUUCAGGGGUUGUUGAGUGGAGGGGUGACGGGGAGGGUUACGGCUGGGAAGGGGGGGAUUAGUACUGGGGGUGGGAAGGGGGGUGGAGGAGGAGGUGGGGGCGGAGGUGGAGGGGGGGAUGAAGGGAAGGAUGGUGAGGAUUGGGAUUGGGACGGGGAUGGGGAUGGGAAUGGUGGAAGUGGAAAGGCAAGCGUAAGAGUGACCGGGGGAGACCGCUUUGGGGCGGCUGUUUUGACGAUGUUGCUGGCGGUGAUUAUUGUGGGGGCGUUGUAUUGGGGGGUUUCUUAG